GACGGGGGGCGGGGAGGGGAGCGGGGCGGGGGGGGCGCGCUGCUGCCCGACUCCCAACAUGGCGGCGGGGGGCGGCGGCGGCCGGGGGGGCAGCGCCCCGCGCUGGGGCGGCGGCGGCCGGGCCGCGGCGCAGGAGAAGUUGCCGGUGCAUGUGGAGGAUGCGCUUUCCUACCUGGACCAGGUGAAGAUCCGCUUUGGCAGCGACCCCGCCACCUACAAUGGCUUCCUGGAGAUCAUGAAGGAGUUCAAGAGCCAGAGCAUUGACACACCUGGAGUAAUCCGACGUGUUUCACAGCUUUUCCAUGAGCAUCCUGACCUCAUUGUAGGAUUCAAUGCUUUCCUCCCUCUGGGCUACAGGAUAGAAAUUCCAAAGAACGGGAAGUUAAGUAUACAGUCACCUUUGAAUAGUCAGGUGCCCCCAGAGCCUGUCCCCAGCGCUCUCCCUGGCAGCGGGCUGUUGCUGCAUUACUCCCAGGAGAAUUCGCACAAUCACAGCGACUGUUCCGAGGAGUUUAGGCAACAGCUUCCAUACAAAGAAGAUAAAUCCCAAAUUCCCUUGGAGUCUGAUUCUGUAGAGUUCAAUAAUGCUAUCAGUUACGUGAAUAAGAUCAAAACACGUUUCCUUGACCAUCCAGAAAUUUACAGAUCCUUUUUAGAAAUUCUUCAUACUUACCAGAAAGAACAGCUGAACACUAAAGGCCGACCCUUUCGGGGCAUGUCAGAGGAAGAAGUGUUUACUGAAGUAGCAAAUCUGUUCAGGGGACAGGAGGAUCUGCUUUCGGAGUUUGGACAGUUUCUCCCGGAGGCUAAAAGGUCUUUGUUCACAGGAAAUGGACCCUGUGAAGUGAACAGUGUCCAGAAAACUGAGCAUGAGAAGAAUCUGGAACACAGCAAAAAGCGAUCCAGACCACUGCUGUUGCGUCCUGUUUCUGGCCCAGCAAAGAAGAAAAUGAAACUGCGAGGUACCAAAGAUCUGUCAGUAGCGACAGUGGGGAAAUACGGAACACUGCAGGAGUUUUCCUUCUUUGACAAGGUGCGUAGAGUGCUAAAGAGUCAGGAAGUCUACGAAAACUUUCUCCGUUGCAUUGCUCUCUUCAACCAGGAGCUGGUUUCUGGCUCUGAGUUGCUCCAGCUAGUUACACCAUUUUUAGGGAAAUUCCCAGAACUCUUUGCACAGUUCAAGUCCUUUCUUGGUGUGAAAGAGCUUUCAUUUGCUUCUCCACUGAGCGACCGGUCUGGGGAUGGAAUGAGUCGGGAAAUUGAUUACGCUUCCUGCAAACGCAUAGGAUCGAGUUACCGGGCUCUCCCAAAAACCUACCAGCAGCCAAAGUGCAGUGGAAGAACAGCCAUUUGCAAGGAGGUGUUAAAUGAUACCUGGGUUUCAUUUCCAUCCUGGUCUGAAGACUCCACUUUUGUCAGCUCCAAGAAGACUCCUUAUGAGGAGCAGCUGCACCGCUGUGAAGAUGAGCGGUUUGAGUUGGAUGUUGUCCUGGAGACCAAUUUAGCCACAAUACGUGUGCUGGAGAGUGUGCAGAAAAAACUCUCUCGACUGACUCAAGAGGAUCAGGAGAAAUUUCGCCUGGAUGAUUGCUUGGGAGGGACGUCAGAAGUGAUCCAGCGCAGGGCCAUCUAUCGCAUCUACGGUGAUAAAGCACCAGAGAUCAUUGAAAGUCUUAAGAAAAACCCAGUUACUGCAGUUCCUGUUGUUCUUAAGAGAUUAAAAGCAAAAGAGGAGGAAUGGCGGGAGGCCCAGCAGGGCUUCAACAAAAUUUGGCGGGAGCAGUAUGAGAAAGCCUAUUUGAAGUCCCUUGACCACCAGGCCGUCAACUUCAAGCAAAAUGACACCAAAGCUUUGCGCUCCAAGAGCCUGCUGAAUGAAAUUGAGAGUGUCUACGAUGAGCAUCAGGAGCAGCAUUCAGAGGGGAGAAGUUCGUCCACAAAUGAGCCUCAUCUUAUCUUUAUCUAUGAAGAUAAGCAGAUUUUGGAAGAUGCAGCCUCUCUUAUCAGCUAUUAUGUAAAAAGGCAGCCUACUAUCCAGAAGGAGGAUCAAGCAACCAUUCGGCAGAUAGUGCAUCACUUCAUACCUGAGCUGUUUUUCUCUCAGCCCCCUGAGCACAGUAUUUCUGAAGAAUCAACGGAUGAGGACAGAGAAAACCACCAGGGGCAGAACCUGGAUACUCCUGAGCUACGGAAAAAACACGUGCCUGGGCCCCCGAGCAGUCCUCUGGAGGCAAAAGCAACCUUCUGCGAUGUUACAGCUGCUGAGCCCCACAACACUCUGGAUGAUGUUUACAGUCUGUUCUUUGUCAAUAAUAAUUGGUAUUUCUUCCUCCGCCUUCACCAGACUCUGUGCUCAAGGCUCCUAAAGAUUUAUCGUCAGGCUCAGAAGCAGCUUCUAGAAUAUCGGACUGAAAAAGAGAGAGAGAAACUCCUUUGUGAGGGAAGAAAAGAAAAAACCAAUGAUCCAGCCAUGGAACUAAGACUGAAGCAACCAAGUGAGGUGGAACUGGAGGAGUACUACCCCGCGUUCCUGGAUAUGGUGAGGAGUCUGCUGGAUGGGAACAUUGACCCCACGCAGUACGAGGACACGCUGAGGGAGAUGUUCACUAUCCAUGCCUAUAUUGGCUUUACCAUGGACAAACUGGUGCAGAAUAUUGUCCGCCAGCUUCACCAUCUCGUGAGCGACGACAUCUGCUUGAAGGUUGUUGAGCUCUACUUGAACGAAAGGAAGCGAGGUGCUGCUGGAGGUAACUUAUCCUCUAGGUGUGUCCGGGCAGCAAAGGAGACCAGCUAUCAGUGGAAGGCUGAACGUUGCAUGGCAGAUGAGAACUGUUUCAAGGUAAUGUUUCUUCAGCGGAAGGGACAGGUGAUCAUGACCAUUGAGCUUCUGGAUACAGAAGAAACCCAGACAGAAGAUCCUGUGGAGGUCCAGCACCUGGCUAACUACAUGGAGCAGUACGUUGGGGUAGAAGGAGCUCCUAACAACCAGAAUGAUGGCUUCUUACUGAAACCGGUCUUUCUGCAAAGGAACCUAAAAAAGUUUCGCAAGUGGCAAUGUAAGCAAGUGAGAGCUCUGCGUAGUGAAGUGAAGAGCUCCUGGAAGAGGCUGAUUGGGGUGGAAAGUGCCUGCAACGUGGACUGCCGGUUCAAGCUCAACACCCACAAAAUGAUGUUCAUCAUGAACUCGGAGGAUUACAUGUACAGGCGGGGCGCUCUCUGCCGAGCCAAGCAGGUGCAGCCAAUGGUGCUGCUAAAGCACCACCAGCAGUUUGAAGAGUGGCACAAUAGGUGGCUAGAAGAGAACGUGACCAUGGAGGCAGUUGAUGUAGUUCAAGACUGGCUAAUGGGAGACGAAGACGAGGAGAUGGUGCCCUGCAAAACAACUUGUGAGACGGUGAAUGUCCAUGGGGUCCCGGUGAACAGAUACAGAGUUCAGUACAGUCGCCGUCCAGCUUCCCCGUGAGCAGAGACUUGUUCCUGGGACCAAGACGAGUAGGAGCGUUGGUGGUGAAACACAUUUACUCUGAGAAUAGUGGUGGGAAUGCAACGUAUGUAUUAAUGAUAUUUAUCCAAGCAGCAUUUUACUUUGGAUUAUGAUGUAUUUUCCAUAUGGCAUAGACUUGUCUCCUUGCAGUGUAAUCCUCCGGCCGUCAUGAAGAGACUCUUAAAAGCUUUAUGGGCAGAGGGCUCUCGGCACUGCCACACAGUUUUUCGUAGUUUCCUAGCUUUAGGCCACUGCUGGCCAGCCAGUACUGCAAGGCUGAGUGAGGGGGUGAGGCUCUGGGCAACUACCGCUGGUGGCUUUGCUGCAGAGAUGGAGCUGGGCUGGUGUUUGAGCAGAUGCUGGCAGCUGCUUCCACUUUGAAGGGUUUAAUGUUGCCUGUCUUCCUGAAUUUGUGCCGUCUUGGAGCCUGCAGAACUCUUCAGUGUAACCUCCAAGCGCCGGCACCUGGCACAGAUUGCUAGCCCAGCUAUGGGCUGCUUCGUUAUCUACGUGUACUAAUAAGGCAAUGAAUGCAGUAUUUGUUACUGGUGCUCUGGUGAGAAAAACGCCAAAACUGAGACAAGGGUGAGCAGCGUGCUAAAUGCUCCAACACCCACUCGACAACUCAGUAUUUUGGAGCGUGAACGAAGGGGAAGAAGCUCUCUGAGCUGCCGUGCUUGGCAAGAGAGCUGUUUGUGGCCCAAGACAGCCCCGAUGGGCGCCGGAUCCCCUCGUGUUGCUUUGGGAACUCACGGCCUGCUGCAGACUCUGCCUUCUCAGCUCCGGAGCUGCUUGGAGCGUGUGCGUGGGGAGGAAUAUCCAUUGCGAGGUCUGGCCUAUUAUUUUUUUUUAUUAUUAUUUUGUAUUUUGCAUGUUGAUUGGCGGCCUCUGGAGACGGCGUUCUCAGGCGCUUCGCUUUCCUUCUGCAUGCCCGGACGCCCUGGUUCUGCUGGGUUGUACCCGUCAGUGACAGCAGUAGAUGGAGCUCUUGCAGCACCGUGGUGGCGCUGGAGCUGAGGUUUGUCCCAGAUACUUGGCUGUUUCUGCUGGCUCAGCACAGAUGCUCUAUUUGCAGUGUCACAUGGAAAUCCAUAACGGGCAGUGUUAGAUCCAGCCACAGCCAUCGUCAACGAGCUUUUCCACUGAACCGUCUGUACGUCUAUCUAAGCUUUUUUGAAAUGAAACCUAACAAAAACCCUACCCUGAACCAUGCAGAACACUAUGUCAAUUGUCUGACUUAAUCUAUUGAAAAAUCAAGAAUCACAGAAUGGUGGGGGUUGGAAGGGACCUCCGGAGAUCAUCUAGUGUCUGUCCCGCGACUCCACCGUGACUUCGCUCAUUUUUCAGGGGCCGAGGGCAAGCGCUCUGGCCGUGGAGUGUAUUGCAGACGUAGUGGCGUGAGGCAGGGCCAGCCUCCUUUCAGCUCUGCCUCCACCUUUUUCCCUGCUUUUGGGGGAAUAACCCCCCCACCCCGAUUUUUUUUGUGGCUUUGAUAUUUAGGUUAUAAUUUCUGCCAGACCUAAGCAGCAGCCUGUAGGAUUUGUCCUGGGUUAUUUCCACUGUACAGCAUUUGGUUUUGCAAUUGUCUCACUUGACAGCAGAAAAAUUCCCUUUGGGGCACAUUUAAUAGAAAACUGUACUGACUCUUUGUUUCUUUUGCAAAAUAAUCUGUAGGAGGGAAGGAGGGAGGCCAGUCUCUGGCAUUCGUGGCCACUUGCACAACCACUGCCAGCAGAGGACUUUUCAUCAAGAACUCGUGUUCUCCAUGUCUGGGUCUCUGUUAAAUUUUGGUUACUGAAAUGAUCUGAAGGUUCUUCCCCUGCUCUUGUUGCAGUAAGUGAUAAAAGACGCUGAGGGGGAGUGGGGGGACGAGCCCGGUGCAAAGCACAGUAUCCCCUUUUUGCUUCCCGACAGCUCAACAAAAUACACCUCACUCCUGCUCGCCUCUCUGCUGUCUUCCAGUGGAGAUGACAACUGUGCCAAAUUUUAUGGUUUUAUGAUACAGAAAAAUGUUUACUAGAAAAUAGGUUGCAACUUGUGGCUUAAAAUGCAUUUGAUUCCAAGUGUACCAAGGUGUAGGGGGGUCACGCGCCCGUGCACCGUCCCGUUCCAUCUCCCCGUUUUUAAGUGUACUUCAGGUAUUUUUAAGCAUCCUUGUUUUGUAAACCUUAAUUUAUAACCUGAACGGAUUAAAAGUAAGACUUUCACCCUUUACAGUGCUAUUGUCUCAAAAGUGAUAGUAGCAAGUGCUGUGAACGGAGUGAGCAGGCAGUGCAGGUUUGAGAGGGGCUUGCUAAUGUCUGAGUUGAAGCUCGACCGCUGUGUAUCUGCUCGCACGACCUUCAUUCAAGAGUUUGUUCUUCCAUUUUUUUGAAGGAUCUUUGCUUUUGGGCUUGUAAUUGCUUUGCCAGCUCUUUGAAUGUAGUUUUUUUUUAUAUUUAUUUGCACAUUCAAGUAAAAUAAAAUAUUGAUUUUAAAAGUC